GAGGUGAAGAAUGACGUACCAAUGCCUGGUAGCUUGCGACAUUGUAUGAGAUCGGGAUGAUGCUUCGACAUUGGGCUGCUCGCUUUGAGACGACUCUAACGUCGCGCUCUUUGUGCGACAAGCUGCUUACUCAGCGCUUGAGGCUUCCUUCGAUCGCAGGGCUCGUGCAUUCAUCAGAUGUGCUCAGGCCGAUGUCUCGUCAAGCUCGUUCUUCGCUCAGCCUCGCUCGUCUAGCGAGAUGCAGUCAUCAUCAUCAGUCUGGGAUGACUUCACCAUUGACACCAUUGCCAAAGUCGUCAGAUUGACACUCCUCUCGCCCCUCUUUGCACUCGGCGCACCCGUCAUCUUCGUCGCUCAGGGUUUAGACAUCGAUUCGGGCUUGGGACAAUGGGUCGUCGUUUACGCGCUCGGCGUGCUUGCGCUUCAUAUCUUCAUCCAGCUCGACCGAAUUUGGGCCAAUAAAGCCUGGAAGACCGGCGUCAGAGGUCUCAUGGGCGAGCGCAAGAUCGACUGGGGUGCCCAGAUCGUCCUCAUCACGGGGGGCGCGUCGGGUAUUGGCAAGCUACUUGCAGAGACGCUAGCUCUGCGGCAUGUUCGUGUGAUCGUACUCGACAAGCAAGAGUACAAGUCGGAAGGGGACUAUUCUGUCGCUAGCUUCCCUUGCGACGUUUCGGACUUCAAAGCUGUUGCGCGCAUUGCAGAAGAGAUCAAGCAAAAGCAUGGAUCGCCGACUGUGCUCGUCAAUUGCGCAGGCAUUGUGCGAGGCAAGACAAUACUCGCUGCAUCAGAAAGCGACAUUGCUUCAACCAUCGGCGUCAAUCUGACCGCUCACUUUUGGACUGUCAAGGCCUUCUUGCCUGCCAUGAUCGAAGCAAAAGCUGGCCACAUCGUCACUAUUGGUUCUGCCUUGGGCUACAUGGGUGUUGCACAGCUCUCGGAUUACUGCGCCACCAAGAGCGCUCUCAUGGGCUUCCACGAAGCCCUUCGAGAUGAGCUUGAUACUCGGUACGUACCUUGCGCAUAUGUCGACUUUGACCCUCACACUUCAAACAGAUACGGCGCGCCACUCGUGCGGACGACUUUCGUUGCUCCUGGCCAAACACGUACUGCUCUUUUCGGCUCGCUUUCAGGUCAUACCGGUCUGCCGUAUCUUGGCAACUUCAUGUUCCCUUGGGUCGGACCGCACGAUGUCGCGAAAGCCAUCAUCGAGGCAAUCAAUGCCGAUGAAAGUCGAUACAUCUGCAUACCAUUCUUCUCAUCCGUCUCUUGGAUCCUCCGGGGAAUGCCGAGCUUCAUGCAAAGCCUUGCCAGAUGGAUGAGCCAAUCUGCUCCUGCCAUGCAACACUUUGCACCCGCAAGUAUAGUAUCGGCAGAGGCGAAAAAGUCAAAGUGAAGUGCCAAUGCAUGGAUGCUCCUUCACAAUAAUCGAGUGAUGAAAGCAACGCCUUUUGUCCUUCCCUCGCGGAAGAGCAACUUCGAGCCUUCUUUGACGUAUUCUGGCAUGCG